AUGUCUACCUCUACCCUGACCCCGUCGUCUGCCACGCUGCCCGCACAUGACAUCAUCUUCUCUGUCAGCCAGCCCGCCGACCUGCCCCAGCGAGCCGCUGCCCUCCUCUCCCAAUGGCACCUUAGCGACUCGCGCAAAGGCCUCACGCGUCAAUUUACCUUUUCAAGCUUUACCAAAGCUUGGCGCUUCAUGUCGCUAGUCGCUGACGAGUGCAAAGUCAAGAACCACCAUCCCUCGUGGUCCAAUCUCUACAAUCGCGUCACUGUCGAAUGGACCACGCAUAGGCCCGACGGCCUGAGCAUCAAGGACGUCCAAAUGGCCGAGUUUUGCAAUCAAAAGGCCUCCGAGAUUGGCCUGAAAGAGUAG